AUGGCGCGCCUGCCCUUCACCGUCGCGUCCUGCGCCCCUCUUCCUCCUCACGUCGUCCAGACACUAGAAGCAUCCUUCGACACCUUCAUCCACAAACCGCCUUCUUCCUCGACACCCUUCACCCCCACCGAAUUGGCCAAGAUCCAGAUCUUCUUCACCUCGUACUACGGCAUCCCCCAAGCCUCUUUCGACGAGGUGCCGAAUUUGAAGCUUGUACAGCUUUGUACGGCUGGAGCAGACAAGGCGCUUAGAGGCGCUUCGAUAGAAGAGUACGUGGGGAAGGUGAAGAGGGGUGAAGAGGGUGGGAGGGAGGUGGUACUGGCGACGGCGGCGGGGACGCAUGUCCUGUCGAUCCCGAAUUAUGUGGUGGGGAUGGUGAUUGCAUUGUUGCAUCAAUUCCCUCGGCAGAUAAUCAGUGCUAGAGAUGAGAGGCGGUGGCUUUCCUCGGAAGAAUGCGACAUCGACAACAAGCCUUAUUACGCGCGGAAAACGUACCAUCGUACUGCUGGCUUUUUGGGAUAUGGAUGCCUGGGACGAGAGUCUGCGCGUCUACUCAAAGCACACAAUAUGCGCAUCAUAGCCGCCAACACUUCUGGCAAAGCUACCUCGCAAGAUGGUUUCAUUCUGCCUCACACUGGUGACGUGGAUGGAUCCAUUCCGGAAGCGUACUACUCUACCAAAGACCCCAAAGCAGUGGAAGAGUUCCUCGGCCAGUGUGAUAUUUUGGUCUGUUCUUUGCCGAACACGCCCGAGACAAAAUACUUUAUGAACAAGAAGAGGCUGGCUAUGCUCCCCCAAGGCGCCGUACUCGUCAACGUCGGCCGAGGCUCCCUCAUCCCCUCCGACGAUCUUCUCACUGCCCUUGACACCAAUUUAUUCGGCGCCGCCAUCGACGUGACAGACCCCGAACCCCUGCCUCCCAGCCACCCACUCUGGUCACAUCCAAAAUGUAUCAUUACUCCUCAUCUAGCAGGAAACACAGAGGGGGAAAUGGAUGUUGCUGCGGAGGUGCUGUUGGAGAAUGCUAGGAGGCUGGCAGAUGGGAGAGCGCUUGUGAACAAGGUAGAAUGGGAGAGGGGUUAUUGA